GCCGGGCUGGGCCUGAGGCUGCGGGGCGGUGCUGGGCCGGCCCCGCUCGCAGGGUCCCCGGCCGGAGCCGCCCCGCUCCUGCAGUGCCGGGGAGGAGGCGCACACGGCACAGGCAGUAUCUUUUUUAUUCUAAAAAACACCAGAAGAAAUGUCCGGACUUUUGAAGAUGUGUUUCUUGUUGAUAUCAAUGAAUCAUGCUGAGAUUACUCACAGUCAGAACUCUGAAGAUUUGCCUCCGUUGUUGCUCAAAGCUGUGGAGGAAGUAAUAGCUGGGAAAUAUCUGAAUGCCCUCCUAGAUAUACUUUAUUUUCAAAGCUCUAAUGUCUGGACAGCAGAUCUGCUUACAAAAGUCAUGGCAUAUUUUCAUGCCCAGGAAGUUAUGUUUACUCUUAGCAGCCUCCAGAUGUCCAUAAAAAGUUACCUGAAGAACCUUUUAUACCAGCCCAGGCAGCUACUGUCUGAGUUACAACAGCUUGAUCAGCAGCAGUUCCAAACUGCAAUGAAGUACCUCUUCAACAGCAAGAAGGAGCACCUUGAAAUGGGAAAUAUUAUUCUUGACUGGGGCAAGACUAGAGAGAGAAUUUUUCAAAGCCCAGGAGUAAACAGGACCUUGUUCCUUGUAACACUGGAUAAAUGCUUCCUGGCUCUGAGUGCCCUGGACUGUGUGGAUAUCCUGAGCCAGGUUCUGCGUGUGUCAGCAGUGAACUAUCUCCAACCUGAUGUCAUCGGGAGUCUCCCAAACCUUCUGCUGGAGGAUGCUUUUAGAAACUUGUCAUCAUUAUUCAAGGACCUCUAUGACAGAACCUCAGCAAGCACUCAGAAAGCUCUCUAUGGCUGGAUGAAGCAGAUUCUACAGAAAUCCUACAACAUGAGUGAGUUCAAUGAAUCAACUUCUUGGGUCAGUGCAGAAAGCUUAUGGAUUUUGGGAAGAUACAUGGUCCAUCUCCCCUUAGAAGAAAUUCUGAAAAUUAGUCUCAGUGAAAUCAGACUGUUCAUUAGCUACGACAACGCAACGAAGCAGUUGGACACGGUGUUUGAUAUCACACCGGAGCUUGCACAGGCCCUCCUGGAGAGGAUAAACUCCUCAGGAUUUGAUAUGAGGAACACUUCAACUAUCUACAGGCUGGGUUUGUUGGUUUGCUUUUAUGAUGACCUGGAACAGAUGGAUGCUGCUGUGGCCCGAGCUCUACUUCAUCAAAUGAUCAAAUGCAAUCAACUGAGAGGUUUCCAGGCCAAGGUUCAUGAGCUCAAAUCUCAACUCCUGAACAUUGCCAUGCAAAACCAGACAUUGAAUGAAACCCUUGGAUCUCUGUCAGAUGCUGUGGUUGGACUAACUUCAAGUCAGCUGGAAUCUCUGUCACCUGAAGCAGUGCAUAAUGCUGUUGCAACAUUAAACCAAGUCCCUGGGUGGGCAAAGAGCCAAGUUAUGAUUUUAUCCAGCAAAUAUCUCUCUUAUGAAAAGGUUUUAUCAUUUUAUAACGUGAGCCAAAUGGGCGCCUUGGUGGCCGGGAUUGGCACCCGCUCACUCCACAGCAUGAGCCCCAGGGAGCUGGCUCAGAUCAUUCGAGGCACAACGUCCCAGUACUUGUCUGACUUAUCUCCUGCACAGCAACAGGGCAUCCUCAGGAAGAUAGCUGCAUCAGAAGCUUUUUCUUCAUCAGUCAAAGACAUACAAGGAGCUUUCUUUAAAGAAGUCUCUCUUUCUGGUUUAUGGAAGCAAACUGGAUUUAAUUCUUCAAUGCUGAAAGAAAAAGAACUAAGAAGCAGCCAGGCUUUAUAUCUGUAUGAAUUACUGUCCAAGGAAAACCAUCCUGUUGACCUUCUAAGCACAGGACAGCUUGUGAAAGGAGUAACUUGUCAACUCUUUGAAAGUAUGGACACAGAUGUAUUUUUAGACAAUUUUAAAUUCUUUGAAAUGAAUCUUCAUCUGCUUUCUCCAUAUCAGGUUAAUUGUUUGGCUUGGAAAUUUUGGAAAGUCUCCAAUGCAUCCAUUCCUCCCUUCCUCUUACUGGCACUUCCUUCUGAGUACCUGGAGUAUGUUACAGGCCCUUUGUGUGUCCCUUUCCUUGAACGUGUGGGGAAGACUGGAAUGGACCUUCUCAACCCAAGCCAUCACAAAAGGGAUGCUGUCCUGCAAAAAGUGCAGGAGUGCUUGGGCAAAUGCUUCUUGUUUCAGAACAACUCUAUUGCUGAUGAAUAUGAUGUUGACCUCCUUGGAAAUCUAAUCUGCCACUUACCUCCAGCCUUUCUACACGGCAGAAUGUCCCUGAAGGCAAUGGCAGCAGCCCUACAUCAAUUCAAACUUUGCCAACAGCUCAGCCAUGAGCAGAUGACUGAAAUUAAAUACCAGCUCCUUCAGUUAUAUGGCUCCUCAAACAACUGGACAGCGGAAACAACAUUAGAUGUUGGACCAUUCAUAUCUCUGCUGUCAAAAGAGGAAUUAAAUAUCCUUGCUGAAAAGUUCCCAGAUACCAUUUUACAAAUAGCAAAGACAAUUGGAGCAGUUUCUUCAGGUGAAGAGCUUCUGUCAGCUGUGUUUGAGUCCGUCUCCAAUGGCACUGGCAGCGUCCGUGUGUCCCUCAGCAGAGCUGAUUGUCUGAGAACCAGAGCUCCUUCUUCAAAUGAAAUAAUUAAAUUAGGAGAAGCAAAUGUCUUUUGGUCUGUUCAGGAACUGAAAUGCAUGGACCCAGGGACUUUUGACAAAAAUGUGGAACUUCUUGGGGUUGUCUCAGGUUUUAACAGCUCCCAGCUGAUUGCCUUGAAGGAAAAAGCCAAGCAGGUUUGGGGGUCACUGCCAGAGUGGAGGAGUUACCAGAUCAUCUCCCUGGGCCGCAUUGCUCUGGCACUCAGUGAACAGGAGAUCGCAGAGCUGGACCUGCGCUCCAUCGACACCGUGUCUGUUCUGAGCCAGCAAACAGAGUGGACUCUUCCCCAGGCAAGAGCUAUUUUGCAAGGUUUUCUAGACGACUCUGGCCAGACCAUCAGCACACUAAAAAGUUUUGAUUUAGUUGGAUUAGGAGCAGUUCUCUGUGCUUUGAACUCCACAGAAAUCACAUCCAUAAGGACUGCUGAAUUCAGUGCUGCAAUUGCAAGAAUUGGCCUGUUGUUCUGUAGCACCCCUGUUCUGAGGCAGUUUAAGAAGAUGACAGAAUCCGUGUUUGGUGCUGCUCCCAGCUGGAAUGGCUCUGUUUUACAGGAAAUUGGUUCUAUAGCAGGUGGUUUGAAUGAGGAUGAAUUAAAAGCUUUUGAUAAAAGCUUGAUGCCAUAUUUCCAGCCAUCAGCAAUAAGACAUAUACCUCCUGAAAUUUUCCAAGCUUUGUCCCCAGAGCAAAUAGCAAACCUGGGCCCUGAGAACGCCGCCAUGGUUACGGGACUGCAGCGGGAGCAUCUGGACUCAUCCCAGCUCCAGAGCCUGGGGCUGGCACUGGAUGGAGCCCGGAGCAGCAGCCCAGGGACACAGAGCACUGCAGGAUCUCCCCACGAGGGGCAAACCCCGGCUCCCAGCGGUGCUCCUUGUUUGACUGGCUUUGGCAUCUGGCUGUGUGCUGUGUUUACACUGCACCUGCCUUUCUGAACCCUCCAGGGCUGAGCUUGAGUGUCCUGGAGCUUACAACAGAGAUGCUAGAGAUAAAAGAGUGUCAACUCAGCAUGAACAGUAGAAUCAAGAUGCUGUGAGAUUUCUGAGUGCAGAGUGGUUAAAUUCUUACCAGCAAGACCCUCAUCUACCAUCAGGAUGAGAACUAUCUCCUUUCCAUAGCUUUACCAUUAGCAAGUGACACAGUAUCCCUGCAAGUACUUUGAGUUUAAAAACUGGAAAUGGCAUAUCUGUCUCAUGAGAAAUCACUGAAAUAUAGGAUUGUGUGUUAGGUAGGAACUUGAAUUAUAGGUGGGACAGGUAGCAGGGGACUGUUAUUUGGAGGCUGAUGUCUGAUACCAGUGCUUUUUACAUGGGCUAAUUUGGUCAGACUGUUGUGUCCUUUUGUUGGGUUUUCUUCAAGUGUACAUUCCCUGGAGAGGGGCUAUCUUUCUGUGUGGUGUCGUGGAAACUGCACUAAAAGUUACAGCUGUUGCAAUAAAAUAGCUUCAUCUCAGGGCUGCUGGUUUAAAUCCUGCUCAGACAAGAAGUGAUAACAGGCUCUUAGAAUUUAAGCACCUCUACAAAACGUCGUUUCCCCAUGGCUGUUUGUAUUCAAUACAGAACUGUUGACACUGAGGGCAUUGGCAAUACUGUGAGUAUUUCAUGUGACAAAAUGCAGCGUGGAAACCUGCUUAUAUUCAUCAAGAGACAGUUCUUUCACUCCAGGUGGGGUUGAAGUGUACACCUGGGAAUACUAAGGGAAAACUGUUCACUGGGCCUGCAUGCUACUAGGACUGCCAAUCCAGUAUUUUCCACAAGACCUAGAAUAAGGAAUUUCUCAUAAUUAUAAACCAUAGAUAUUUUCCUGUGUUUUAUCAGCAUGUGACUUAAGUGUCUAGUACUAGCUUCUCAUGCCACAGCUCAAUAUUUUAAACAAUGGGGGAAAAAAGUCAUAUUAAAACCCCUCUGCAUGUGAAUGUAUAUUUUGAUGUUCAACAUGAUUUUAGACCACGAACAUGUGGCAUAGUUUUCCAUUUUGCCAUUGCAAAAGUCUUAUUUUUUUUCUAGACUAAAAAAGGCAAUGCAUGGACUGAAAAGUUUAGCUUUUUCAUUCAGGGCUGUACUGUAGUAAGUGCCCUCCAAACUGUCAUUUGUAUUUCUUUAUGGCAAACAUUACAUCUAGCUUCUCAGCCCUGAAAGUAGAAUUGAAUUUUUUCUCAGGUGGGAAGCAACAGGAGUGGGAGGGAGGGAGAGCAGGAGGGAAGAACCCAGCUGCUGCUGGGGCAAGGUGAAUGUGAGCUCUUGCUGCAGUUGGGAGUAACAGUUCCCACCACAGUCCCAUAUAUUCUGUAAUUCCUGCAGCAGCAGGGGCUAACUUGAUUCUCAGGGCUUUGUUAUUGGCAAAGUGGGCAGUGAGAGCCAUUUCUCACCCCCUCCUUUCCUCUCCCCCUUCAGCAGUCUGCUGCUUUGGGAAUUACCUUUGCCUAUAACUAACCCUGGCAAGUGUGACGUGAUGUUAUAGAUAAUACUCCAUGCUUUAGUUCUGCAUUUUGUAAGCAGAGAAUUAUGAUUGCUGCAAACUGCCUGGCAUUUUUUUCCUCUAAUCCUCACGGUAAGUUUCCCGCUUCUCCAGCUGUGUUUCCUCUUCUGCAUGUGAACAGGAGAUUGAGACAUAUAUUUAAAUAGAAAGAAGUUUGUUUUAUUAAUCCCAGCAAACACAUGCAAAUGUCCACUAAAACCAAGAACUGCUUCAGUGAAUCAAAUGCAUUAUAAAGCUUUAUCUGUGUUUUCACAUUAGAAAGUUCUGCCUCACUCAGAUGUGAAAGUACUAAAAGGUUUUUUGAUUUCUAGAAAUUGCCUGACUUGAAUUCUGUGUGCACUUCUGAAGAUGCAGGAGAGUCUUUUCAUGUCAAGAAGACAGUCAGCAUUUCCAGUUCAGCUGCUUAGGUCAGAUACGUGACUUAGCUCUACCAAGCCCUUCAAAAAUCUAUAUGAGUUGAAAGUGAUCUUCUUCUGUCAAUAUACCUGGGAGUGAUUCCAUUUGCAAUUAUGUGAGUCACAGUUUAGCUUUUAAUUGGAGCAGGAGUGAGCUCUUUGUUUUCUGCCAUCUGUGCUGUAAUUUCUUUCAGGCAUAAGUGCUUUUAAAUAGCUGAACUGCUUGAUUAUUUAUAUAUUUUAUUAAUUAAAUAAUUAUGUUAAGAACUUUGGCAUUGAAUUUACAUUUGGUCAAGGACUUAACUAUUUCUUACAAGAGUAAUGUGGGAGGGGUAAACAUGGAGCACUGAUAUAAUGUUGUACUUAUUUCAUGGUAGAUUGCAAAUCCUGUUUGAUUCAUGAGAUGGUGUGAGCAUCCUGGAUGGCAAGUAUUGUAGAAAAGCAGUUUUACUCCUGCCAAUGUACCUCUUGUAAAGGUCACUGGUGGAAAAGCCCAUUCUACAGAAUCUGGGAUUCAUGAGACACCUCCAUCAAAACUGUUGAAACUGAAUUUCUGUGGGAAGAAUAGAUGGAAAGGGGAGAAAGGCAUGGAGAGCAAAAGUAUGCGUGGUAUGUAAUCUGUGUGUGACCUGCUGUCCAUUCACAGCCCUGCACACUGCCAGAGGAAACUGAAACAUGCACACUUUACUUCCAUGAAACAAACCACAGAACCCUCUGCAGAUGUGUAUUGCAUACAACAUGCACGUGAUCACCUGCACUGGAAUGCAUUCAUGGGAAAAAUGUCUCACAGUCCCUCUCUUUUUGCAUUAUCAGGAUCUUGGGGAAGAAUAUGCUACAGAGAAAUGUGGUAUAAAGAUUUGAUUCUUAAAAAAAUGUUGCUGUUUGUAGAUGUGGGUAACAUUUGUUUAAACCAACUAUAAUCAAAGGUCAAAUAUAAGGUCAAGUGAGGUUGCUUGGGAGCAGAUAUAAGAGGAAAUAAAUGAAAACACAAGAGGUUGCACAGCUCCAUCAGUCUUUGAACAAAUCAGAAAAGAAAUGGCUGGAAAAUUAAGCUUAAUUUCUCCUACAUUCUUUUUAGUUCUUUUAGAUCUUUGAGAAAGAAAAAAAAAUUGUGCAUAAAUCUGCUCUUGAAUAUAUGUCAUGAUAGUUUUAUCUGCUUAUGGUGAGAACUGCAGCUCUCCUUUCCACUUGUGACUCCUCUGAUGGUUGUUGGACAGUGCCAUACAUCCUGUGGGAUGUACAUCCAACCAUCCAACCGCUGGCAGUCACAGCUCUGGGGUAGGUCUGGCUCCUCUGAGUGCUCUGAGCCCUGUGACAGGUGACCCUGUCCAGCAGUAUGUGAGAGGAGGAAUUUAAUGUCAUUAGUGUGAAUAAAUGUAGGAUUCUUCAGGAUUUAACAGAAGGGAAGAAAUGUUUUGUUGGAUUAUUAUUUCACUGCCUGAUACCUUUAUGUUCAGAAAUGUGUUUAGAAAGAGCUACUGGUUCUGGAUCAGCAGGAGAAAAAAUAUCCCUAUGACCUGAUACUGAGGUGAAUGCCACAUCUGUGGUAUCUCUAAAGCCCUGAAAGGAAGAAAACAACCACCCAUCCACAGUGUCUGAAAAGUGUCCCUGUUAAAGCUGGCGUUGUGGCUGCUGACAGGUUUUGUACAGUGCAUGGAAUGUUUGACUCCCAGUGAUCUCAAUCUGUCACAUCAGAGCUAACCAGCUCCUCAGUGUGAAAGCUCUAAAGAUGCUGUUAAAAAAAGAAAAAAAAAGGCAUUCCUCCUUAAUUUUAAGAAGCCCUUUAUACCUCUGUAUAAUCUGCUCAAAUAUUCCAGAGGCAAUUAUGUACUGCAUGAUGGCAGAUUUAGCUAAUCACUUCACUGCUGAGCCUAGGGCUCAUCACUCCCUCAUUCACUUUCCAGUAACACAAAUUGCAACCCCAUCCUGUUAGGCUGGGACCUUGUCCGAGUGCCACUGGCUGCCCCUUGGAGCCGAUGUGAGACAUUGCUCAAGGUGUGCCAGCCUGCCCAGUGCACCCGGGGCUCAGGGAGAGGCCUGACUCACUGAAAUGGCACUCAGCAAGGAGCAAGGAAUCAGCAGCCACCCGGAAUGUGUCACUCGAGCAGGUACCACAGUGCACCGUGGAUAUUUUGGCUCCUGCUGCAUUGUGGUUAUGGAUACCACACACUGCUUCCCAGUGGGACACUGCCAAUUUCCCCAUGGCAGUCAAGGAACAGCCAUCAAACUGCAGCACCUCAUUCCCCUGUUCUCCUUAGAAGUAAAAAUCAAAUUUCAAAUAAUCUCUUCUUCUUUUUUUUUCCUUCUUUUCUCUAAAAAGGUUGAUAUUUCAGGCUGAUAUACAGCUUUAAGCAAUGGGGUCUCUCUAUUUCAGUGAAAAUGUUUACAUGUUUUUGAUAAGUUUUUGGGGUUUUUUGGUGCAUGUGUUUUGGGUUGGUGUUUUUAUUUUGGGUUUGUUUGUUUGUUUGUUUUAAAGAAAGAUCUGUAGGCAUGGGAUAAGGAGAGCUAAGAACCUUAUAGUCCUGAUUAGUAAAAUAUUCUCAUCCAUGCCAUAUGAUGUGAGACAGCCUUGGGGACUGUUUACUCCAGUGCUGUUGGAGGGGGGGAUCUGAAUUCCUUUUCCAGUAAGGCAGGAGGGAAACUGGAUAGAAAAGACAGGUGCAAAGAAUAAACAAAAACUCCACUGUAAGUUAAAUUUCUUUUAUUUUACCCCAGAACAUUUGGAAUUGCUCCCCUGAAAGAGUAUUUUGUGUGUUGUUACACAGCAUGCUCUUGGAAAGUGCAGAUAAAUAACAAACCUGUCAAAGCACAAAACAGACCUGUGAGCUAUCCAGGUACCCAUAAUUUCAUAUUUUAGUUAAGACUGUGAUCCAUUAUCACACCAUCUAUCUACUCAGUCCUUAGACUACCUUAAAGACCUCACUGGACCUUGCCUGGCAUCAGGACAUGUAGGAGUUUUGCACCAUAGGAUAUUUUUAUCAAAAUUCACAUCUGGUUCUUUAUUUGUACCCAAAAAUAGAUAGCCACAAAAUGUAUCGCAUUUUUUCGGCAAUGAGUAGAAAGCAACCCAUGUCCAUCUGUCUCUUCUGUUGCUUUCUGUUCAGCAUCAGUCUGGUUUCCCAAUCCGGAUUAAUGAGAGGAUUUUCUUGCCCUCAUGAUGCAGGAACACAGGCAUGUUCAGAGCUCACAGUCCAAGUGACUGAACGUUGAAAUAUUAACUAGAGGAAUUGUGAUUGAUGGAUUUCUUGCUUUGCUGGCAACAGUAUAACAUUUAUCUUCUAAUGUUUUAGCUGGUAUAAUUAGCCUUACAAAUAUUUAAUAACAUCUUAAUAUUUGUAAACUUCUCUUUGAGGGACAAAGACAAAAAGAGAGAAGCCAAAAGAAAAUUCCUGUAGGAGAACUAUGAAAACAGUGGAAAAUGCUAAUCUGUCACAGAUACAGGAGGGGAAUAUUUUCUGGUCCUGCUUCCCUCAAUAAUUUUUAACCAUUGUAUAUGGAAGUGAACUGUAUUGAUUUAUCAAAGAAUAGCCAUUGCUAGAGUUAAAAUCCCAUUGGUUUGAUGCACAAGCUGAAACUGCCCUAGGUCAUCUUUAACUGGGGCCUGACAUGUUUCAACAUUUAAUCAGAUGUCAGAAAACAACCUAGAUCACAAACAAGUUCUGAAUAUGUACUGCAUGAACUGAGGAGGGGGUUGAGAGAAUGGAUGUCAGCUCUCUGCCUUUAAUAUAUCUAUUAAAUAGAUUCCCAAUAUGCAUCUGCCAGUGGUUUUGUUAGCUACUUUUAUUUCAGUAUUCACCCUUUCAGAAUUGUUGAGAUCUGAUAUAUGAAAUGUACACAUUUCAAUCAAGCCCGUGUCAAACAGGCUGGUCCAGCCACUGCUCUGAGCCAUAUUUAUGUUUUCAGACCUCACACGUGUGCAGUGAUAGAAGUGCCUCAGCACUGCAGCUGCUGAUGUUAUAGUUAUGAUUUUUUACUUUCUCCCCUCCUGUUGCAGUUGGAACCACAGAUUUGGAGAGUUCUGCCAAAUGCCGUCGUGUUCAGUACAAAUUCUCCAAGUCCUAUAUUUGGGUUUUUAACAUGUUUCGUCAAGUAGGCAGCUCACUGGUGGUUACAUCAAACAUCAUUUGAUGCCAAACAUUAUUCAAUAUCUGUUUAAAAUUGUUAUUCUGUUGGAGUUCAGAUCUAUAAAACUUCAAAUGCAACAUACAACCUCUCCUCUAUUAGGAAGUGGUAAGAGAUACUAUGGAU